UUUUACUCAAGUCCUUGGAAUACAAAGUCCAGCAUGUCACUCAGGAAGGUGAUAAAGGUACUCUGGACAUUCAGAGCUAUUUGAGGCCACUGAUGCUGUUUCUGAACCAGCAUCUGACCCAAAGCCAUCGGCUCUGUCACCCUUGUGUCUGGGUGUCACUGGUGUUCGGAGAGCAGGACGAUGAUAUGAUGGAGGCAGCCAAGACAUUAAUGCUGUUGUACCUGUAUCAGAGGAGAGUGAAUGCUGCUUCAGCAUGGGACCCUUGUGGCACUGGCUGCAACCCUCACUGCCACUUCAUCUUCCUGCUCCAAAGCGUCGUGUUCGACCACUCCGUGCUCCUAGACUUCCUGAUCUCCUCAGAGACCUGCUUCCUUGAGUACUUUGUGGGUUAUCUGAAGCUCCUGAGGGAAAACUGGGAAGACUUCUGCCGUGUUUGUCAGUAUGUCCAGGGAUUCGACUCAGGGGAACCGAUAAAGGGGAGCUCAGUGUUUGAACAUCCAUCCACGAUGAUUCCGAAAGCCGGAUCAGAACCCCCUGCCAAUCAGACCGGUCCCCGGUGCCGCCAGUCCCCUGACAGCGGGAUCGCCCAAUCCUCUGUCCCCCGCUUGGUGGAUUAUGGGAGCUCAGACGAUUCAGAAUCUGAGGAGCAAAGUGCGUCAGAAUGCCCUUUGAGCAGAGCACGAAACGAAAGGCAGGGGUUUGACCGGGCGGGAGGGCGGUCUUUGUCUCGAGCAGACCAUGCAGUGAAGCCAGCCAAAGAUCACCAACCGACUCCCCCUGAUGUGUGUGCGAGAACAGUCAUGUGUCUCACAGAGCUGAGAAAAGUUGUAGCCAGGCUGCAGCAGAGGAAUCUCUUUCCCUAUAGGCCGGCCUCGCUCCUGAAACUGCUGAUGCAAAUCGAGGCGAAGAGCAGACCGGGAUGUGGAUCGCAGUGUUGA